GCUAACUCAAUGGUAGAGUAUUCGGCUUUUAAGUGCGACUUAGGGGUUCAAUAAACACAGAGAAAAAAAUCUCUAUACUACUGAUACAGUAUAUUAAGCCACGGCUAACCUUAAAAGCAAACUUACAAGGGAAUAUAGCAUGCCGUUUGAAGAUAUCAAGUGAUAAAUUUGUUCCUAAGUUAAUACGAUAUUGUCCUUCAAGACUUAAAAGAUAUCGAUUAGUUUCGAAAAGAACCUUGAUAUUAGCAAUUUAGUUUAUGGAAAAUAUAUAAAUCACAAAAAAUACUAAAGCGCCGAAUGUUUAUUUGACCUUUGUCAAAUUUCUUAGUUUUUUUUAGGAAUUUAAAGACUAAAAAAAAACAGAUCUAAGCAAGUAUCUGAUAAUAAUGUGAAUCCUAUAAACUAAAUGUGUUGAAAAGAAUCACCAGUUUGCUGACUAAAGAGAGAGAAAUCUAUAAGUCAGGAGAGCAAUCAUUCAAAAAAUUUUCUCCUUUUAACGCAUUAUAAAAAAAAAAGAGAAAAGUAUAUUUAUAUAUACUUAUAAUAUUUUCAGGAUUGCAUUGUGUGUUCAAAAGAAAUAAAGAUUAGGAGAAUGUUAGUGUGACUAACUCAAUCAAUGUUUUCUCUAGUAUAGAGAUAAACAAAAAAAUUGAAAUUGAUGAAUGGCAUAAUUCAAAAUUAUAUUCAUUUUUUUUUCAAGAAAAAUUAUACAUGAUGGUAUCACAAAAAAACUUAAGACACGAAGAUACCUAUAAUAAUUUUCCAAAAACUAGGAAUAGUUUUGUAAAAGCAAAACGUCAUAUUAAUGCAAUUCGUCUAGAAGGAUAUCUUAAAGAGAAUUCUUUCUCUUUUAACCAAUUCGAUAAGAAUCUAUUAUCAAAAAAGAGAAAAAAGUCUUUAAACGAAAAAAUCUUUCAAUUCAUACCAAAGAUACUAGAUUGUGAAGAACCACAGGAUAAUUCUCUUGUUCCAAAUGAGUUGUUGAAAAAAAAAUGGAAUACAUACAGUUCUAUACAUUCAGGAUUAUCUUCUCUUGAAGAUAAAUGGCAAUCUUAUGAUUCUUUUGUUGAAGGAAAAGUCCCUUCUUUCAUACAUCCUGAAAUAUUAGUUCGUAUUUUACGUACUCAAAUAGAAGACGUAUCCUUAAUACACUUAUUUAGACAAAUAUUACAUAAAAACAUUUGUGAAGUAGACAAAAAAAAUUCUUUGAACAAGAAUUUUCUAUCCAGUAUAUUAGGAAAAAUGUUAUUGAACUGGUAUACAUUAGAAUACGAUAAAUUCUUCAUAUUCCAUAUAUCACAUUUGCUAUUGCCAAAUAACUCUUUAGAUCAAUCUUCAAUGAAUGAUUUAAGUAGUGCAAAAAAGAUUACAAUAUGGAAUUCCAAUGUAUCUAAAACAAAUGUAUCUAAAAAAAAGGAAGCAAGUUGUAAAAAAAAAAUAUAUUCAACUUCUUAUAAAGAACCCUUUUCUUAUGAAAAAAAUUCCAUUACUUAUAAAUACAUACGUGCAAAAAAUAUUUGCUUUUUGAAUCUACAAAAUUCAUCAAAAAACAAAUCUGUUAUAGAACACAGAUAUCUUAAUUUCUUGCAAUAUCGUAUAGGAUUUGUAUGUAAUUCAAAUAAACUCAAAACUGUUUUAGUAGAAAGUCCUAGUCUUUUUUUAGGUUUUCUAUUACAGUUCAAAAUCAAAAACACAUUUCUUCGUAUACAUAUAUAUACUGAUCACUUAAGAUGUUUGUUUAAUAGAAAAUCUCUAGUCAUAUUGAAUCCAUUACUAUGGCUUAUGCGAAUAUUAGCCACAUAUCGCUUUUGUACUUCUUUUGG